CAAUUGCUGUCAAAUCGGUCGUUAAUGGAGCAUCUUAUAAUGGACACCAUCAACAUCAGUCUGAGCCCCAUAUUUUAUUUUUCGAAAAGAAUGAAAAGUAGAGGGAGAGAGCAUCAGAACAAUCAAAAGUUGGAACAUUUUUCAAAUGGGAAGUGAUAUAGCAGAUAAAGUGGAAAAUAGUAGAAAAAAAAUAAAAGUUGUAAGACUGAAGUUUAAAGAAAUGGUUGAGUCUGGAAUUUGGUUUGCACCCAUUAUCUCUAAAAUCUAUGUAAGAUUUCAUAUUCCCAAUCCCAUUAUCAUCACAAAAAGAAAGAAGAAAAAAGAAAUAAUGGUCAGCAUUUCCAUCUUUCUGUUCUUUAUAAGUUGCACAUAUUAUGUUUGUUCAUUUGACUCAAAAAACGAUGUUUUUCAGCCAUGGGGUUUCAUUUUUAUUUUAUUUAUAUCAAUCUUUAGAAGUAGUUUCACCAUCCGUUUGUAUGGAGAAGAGUUAGUUGUUCAACAUUACUUCAUUAAAUGAGCAUAGUGUUCGUUGACAUCCCCUGGUCGAGUUAGAGAAACAGCAUGAUGGAUAGUGUUUGGGGUGUGUUUUGCGGAGAUACUGAAUCUUCAUAUAUCAAUGGAGGAAAGGCAUGUAGUUUUGCGUCUCUAUCCUUUACUUAUCCCUUCUCUUGUGAGCGCAAUGGCAUUAUCAUUUGUUUUUGUAUAUUGUUGUUACUUAUGUUCUUGUUAACCAUAACUUCCAAGGCCGUGUCAUCAAGGACUGCUGAAUUUGUAGCCUGUAUCCAUCGAUAUACUCCUUUGGAAGUUUAUUCCGCUCUUUAUAACGGUGGUGUUGGAUUGGUUUACUUGGGUUUGGGAAUUUGGAUUAUUGAAGAUUGUUUGAUCAGUAAACAGAGGAAUGUGUUACCUCUACAUCGGUGGCUGGUAGUGUUAUUUCAGGGGUUCACGUGGUUGCUUCUAAGUUUAACUUUCAGCUUACGGGGAUGGAAAUUCUCGAAAGACAUUUUGAGGCUUUGCUGUACAGUAACAUGUCUGGUUGGGGGGAUUCUUUGUUUUUCAUCGCUGUUGGUCGUUGUUAGCUACCGAACAGUUUCAGUUAACAUUAUCUUGGAUAGUCUAUCCUUACCCGGAGCAAUUCUUCUGUUAUUAUGCACUUCGGAAAGAUACAAAUUGGAAGAUAUUAACAGUAGCGACUUUCUUUAUACUCCUUUGAGUGGUGAAUCUAAUGUUCAUGCUGAAACGAAUACAGAUAACCGGAUAAGUGAAACUCCCUUUGCCGAAGCAGGGUUGCUUAGUAAGGCGACAUUUUGGUGGUUGAAUCCAUUGUUGAUGAAAGGCAAGUCGCAAACCCUCAGCAAUGAGGAUAUACCACAAUUACGAAAGGUAGAUCGAGUGGAGAGUUCUUACUUAAUGUUUACAGAGAAUUUGAAUAAACAAAAACAACUUUGUGCGUCGAAACCACCAUCAGUUUUAUGGGCAAUAGUUUGGUGUUACUGGAAACAGAUCUUAAUAUCUGGGUUCUUUGCAUUGGUCAAAAUAGUCACUCUUUUUGCUGGACCUCUUCUUAUUAAAGCCUUCAUUGAAGUCGCAGAAGGUAAACAAGCUUUCAAAUACGAGGGUUAUGUGCUGGCUGUAUCACUGUUCAUCUCAAAGUGCAUAGAGUCAUUGGCACAAAGGCAAUGGUACUUCCAUAGUAGAUUAAUAGGCGUCCAAGUUAGGUCUCUUCUCUCAGCUGCUAUCUACAAAAAGCAAUUGAGGCUUUCUAGUGCUGCUAAGUUGGUGCAUUCCUCUGGUGAGAUCACCAACUAUGUCACUGUUGACGCGUAUAGAGUAGGUGAGUUCCCAUAUUGGUUUCAUCAUAUAUGGACAACAUGUCUCCAACUUUGUAUUGCUUUAGUCGUUCUUGUUCAGGCUGUAGGUCUAGCAACACUUGCAGCAUUUGUUGUUAUAAUACUGACUGUGUUAUGCAAUACUCCCUUGGCCAAACUUCAACAUGAAUUUCAGAGUAAGCUCAUGGUUGCACAAGAUCAGAGGGUGAAGGCUAUGUCAGAAGCUAUCAUGAACAUGAAGGUGCUGAAGAUGUAUGCAUGGGAAACACAUUUCAAGGGUGUUAUUGAGAAGUUGAGGGAAGAGGAAAUCAGGUGGGUGUCACUAGUCCAACUCCGGAGAGCAUAUAAUAGUCUUCUCUUUUGGUCAUCUCCUGUAUUGGUUUCGGCGGCUACUUUUGGGGCAUGUUACUUUCUUGGUAUACCUCUUUAUGCUAGUAAUGCGUUCACUUUCCUAGCGACUUUACGUCUUUUUCAGGAUCCUGUUAGAAUGAUCCCUGAAAUCAUAGGAGUAGUAAUUCAAGCAAAAGUUGCGUUUGCACGGAUUGUGAAAUUCCUUGGAGCACCGGAGAUACAGAUUGGAAAUGCCAGGCAAAAGAAAAAUACAGGGCCAUUUAAGCCUGCCAUUUUUAUCGAGUCGGGUAAUUUUUCAUGGGAAGAGAAUCCAUUAAAGCCUAUGUUAAGCAAUAUAAAUUUAGAGGUCAAACCCGGUGAGAAGGUUGCUAUCUGCGGUGAGGUUGGUACAGGAAAAUCAACUUUGCUAGCAGCAAUUCUUGGAGAGGUUCCGAAUGUUGGGGGAAUGUUUCAAGUGUAUGGGAAAAUUGCAUAUGUUUCUCAGUCAGCGUGGAUCCAAUCAGGAAGUAUACAAGAUAAUAUUCUUUUCGGAUGCUCUAUGGAUAAUAAAAGAUACCAAGAAACAUUACAGAAGUGUUCACUUUUACAGGACCUUGAAAUACUUCCUUUUGGUGAUCUAACUGAAAUUGGAGAAAGAGGAGUUAAUUUGAGUGGUGGUCAAAAGCAGCGUAUCCAACUUGCUCGUGCACUGUAUCAGGAUGCUGAUAUAUAUCUCAUGGAUGAUCCGUUUAGCGCAGUAGAUGCUCAUACUACUACAAGCCUGUUUAACGACUACCUAAUGGGAGCUCUAUCAUCAAAGACAGUCUUACUUGUGACACAUCAAGUCGACCUCCUUCCAACAUUUGAUUCUAUUUUGCUGAUGUCAGAUGGGCAAAUCUUAUGUGCAGCUCCUUAUCAUAUGUUGUUAGCCUCUUGUCAAGGAUUUCGUGAACUUGUUACUGCACAUAAUGAUGCAGCUGGUUCUGACAGGACUGCUGAAGUAUCCUCUUCUCUGAGUUAUGAAACCUGUUCAGAAGAGAUUACGAGCAGUCAUCGUGAGAAAUCAUUGAAACAACUUGUUGGUCCCCAGUUAAUUAAGCUCGAGGAGAAAGAAAUCGGAGAUAGUCUGAAACCUUACAUACAGUAUCUGAACCAGAACAGAGGUUUCAUCUACUUCUUUUUAGCAAUUCUCAGUCACCUCAUGUUUGUGGGUGUCCAAAUACUACAAAAUUCUUGGAUGGCAGCUAAUGUUCAGAACCCACAUGUAACCAAACUACGACUGAUCGUUGUUUACCUACUUGUAGGAUGUAGCGCAAUACUAGUUUUACUUGUUAGGAUUUUUUCAACAGUCUCUUUGGGUCUCCAGUCAUCAAAGUCUUUCUUUUCUCAGUUAUUGAACUCCCUUUUCCAUGCACCAAUGUCUUUCUAUGACUCCACGCCUCUGGGAAGGAUACUGAGCCGGGUGUCUUCUGAUUUGAGUAUUCUAGACCUUGACGUUCCAUUUGGUGUAGUAGUUGCUGUUAGUUCAACCUCUACUGUAUAUGCUAAUCUUGGCGUAUUGGCCGUUAUAACUUGGCAGCUGUUGUUCGUCUCUGCACCCAUGCUAUUCCUGGCAGUCUGUUUACAGAAAUACUACUUUGCUUCGGCAAAAGAGUUCAUGCGAAUCAACGGAACAACAAAGUCUAUGAUUGCAAACCAUCUUGCCGAAUCCGUAGCAGGAGCAAUGACGAUCAGAGCAUUUCAGGUCGAAGAUAGAUUAUUUGCUGAGAAUCUGGAUCUUUUAGACAAAAACUCCAGUCCUCUUUUCCACACUAUUUCAGCCAAUGAGUGGUUGAUCCAGCGUUUGGAAAUACUGGGUGCAGUUGUCAUUUCCUCCUCAGUGCUUGUGAUGGUUUCUCUUCCUCCGGGAACCUUUAGUUCUGGAUUUGUUGGAAUGGCUUUGUCGUACGCUCUUGCAUUAAAUCUCGGUCUUGUUUUGUCUAUACAAAACCAGUGCACAGUAGCAAAUUACAUCGUCUCUGUAGAAAGGCUAAACCAAUACAUGCAUAUUCCUAGCGAAGCCCCAAAAAUCGAAGAAGGGGACCAGCGUUUUCCAAGUUGGCCAGCUCUAGGUAUGGUGGAGUUCCAUGAUUUGAAGGUUAGAUAUAGGCCCGAUACUCCGCUUGUUCUUAAUGGGAUCAGUUUUAAAAUUGAAGGAGGGCACAAGAUUGGGAUUGUUGGCAGGACUGGCUGUGGCAAGACAACUCUUGUUAGUGCGCUGUUUCGCCUGGUUGAGCCAGUGGGUGGAAAAAUUAUUGUAGAUGGCGUCGACAUCUCCACAAUCGGACUCCAUGAUCUGAGAUCACGCCUAGGGAUCAUACCUCAGGAGCCUACUCUUUUCAAUGGAACCGUGAGAUACAACUUGGAUCCUCCAUCUCGAUACACUGACCAGGAAUUGUGGAAGGUUCUUCAGAAGUGUCAGCUCGAAGAAGCAGUGCAAGAGAAAGGAGGUGGACUGGAUUCUCUAGUUGCAGAUGAUGGAUCUAACUGGAGCAUGGGACAACGGCAAUUAUUCUGUUUGGGUCGCUCUCUGUUGAGGAGAAGCCGAAUACUAGUACUUGAUGAAGCCACAGCCUUUACUGACAAUGCAACAGACUCGACUCUGCAGAAAAUCAUAAGGGUGGAAUUCACACACUGCACUGUGAUUACAGUUGCCCACAGGAUUCCAACUGUGAUGGACUGCACCAUGGUGCUUGCCCUCAACGAUGGGAACCUAGUGGAGUAUGACGAACCGGGGAAAUUGAUGAAUAUAGAGGGAUCCCUGUUUGCGAAGCUUGUCAAGGAAUAUUGGUCUUACAACUCUGCAGGUUAGAAAAUCCAAAGAAGUGCCCGGUUGUAGAAAUGAAAGCUGAGUAAUAUUUCUUGAAGUGGAAUUACGAAAACCUUAAACUGCAAUAUACUGCUCUGGUUAGACUGAAGUGAAUUGUGGAACCCCCAAAAUUCUAAUCUUGCUUCUGAUGAAUACAUUUACCACCAAAUAGAGCUGUAUUUUUCUUUUUCUUCCGUCUAAUUUUGCUUCUGAUCAAUACAUUCUGUUGACAAGGUCUUACAGUUACUGAUUUUAGUUUUCUGGUCACACAAAUGUUUUAUCAUUGUUGACUUUGUCAAUCAUGGAUAUUUACUCGUCCAAUAAUGUACUAGUAUAAAAACAUUUAGU